AUGGUACAGUUGGCUGACAAAAGAAUGGCCACGACAGAAUUAAGACAAAAAAAUUAUGAAGAAAAUGAUGGAUGGUUAUUAGCUAAAACGAGACAUUCGCAUAUUGUUUUCUUUUUAAUAUUAGCUGCAAAUGUGUUUGGACGGAAUAGCAGAAUCCUCGGUGGCGAAGAUGCUGAUAUACGACAUUUCCCAUAUUUAGCAUCGUUAAGACAUUUGAAUACUGGAGUGCACCGUUGUGGCGGUAGCAUCAUUAGUAAGUCGCAUUUACUUACAGCAGCUCACUGUUUUACUGAUAUCGAAUUCUCGAAUAUGAUUGUGUAUGUGGGAACGCAUAAUUCAUCUGACACCUCAGCACCAUCUUAUAAUAUCGAAGACCUUGACAUUCAUCCAGAAUUUAGAGAUAUGAUGAAAAAGGACAAGAAAAAAGGGAUAUUGAACGAUGUUGCUGUUGUUACGCUUAAUAGGAGUUUAGAAUUUAACGAAUUUGUAAAUAAAAUUCGUCUUCCAAGGACAAACGUUGUUGCUGACAGUAGGGUUGUAGUUGUUGGUUGGGGAAAGACAGCCGUAAACAAUGUAAACUUUAGCCAAAAAUUACAAAAAAUUUCUAUGAGAGUUUUAAAAAAUUCUGUUUGCGAAGAAGCUCUUCCAUUUUACCUUCAAAUACAACAGUUGUGUACAUAUAAUAGUGUGGGAAUUGGUGUAUGCAUAGGCGAUAGUGGCGGACCGCUGAUACAUGAUAACAUUUUGGUUGGCAUAAUUUCUUAUAUUAAUCCAUGUGCUAUAGGUUAUCCUGAUGUAUCUUCUAGAACUUUUUAUUAUAUGGAUUUUAUAAAAAGCGUACUGAAUAAAUCAAAUAAAAUAAAUUGUUGUACAUCUUAA